AAAAGAAAACACUUAUCGGUUUAUUUUAAAUAUUCACGUCCAUAUAAUUUGUAGCCAAUAACAUUUUAGUUGGAUAUCAUUACGUAAUAGGAAUACUUUAAACCCCUCCCGAUUUCUCGCUUAGUUUUGACCAACUCAGAGCAAUCCUGGGUUUUCCGCGUCGGGCUUACUUAAAGAUAAAUAUAUUCUUGAAAUUGUCGGAUCCUAAAGAAAUAGAGAAGAUGUCACUGAAAGACGACCAAGUGAAUGAAGAAGAGGAGGAUAUAGUCAACCCAUGGGAAGUCUCCACUCACUCCGCUAAAGGCGUGGACUACGAUAAACUCAUUAGGAAGUUUGGAAGCACUAAAAUAGACCAUGCUUUGAUAAAGAGAAUAGAGAAUUUAACCGGACGACCGGUCCAUCAUCUUCUCAGAAGAGGAAUUUUCUUCUCUCAAAGGGAUUUGGAGAUGAUCUUGAACGUAUACGAGCAGAAAAAGCCUUUCUACUUGUACACUGGUCGAGGACCGUCGUCAGAGGCAAUGCACAUGGGACACCUCAUUCCUUUCAUUUUCACUAAGUGGCUGCAAGAUACAUUUGACGUACCGCUGGUCAUUCAACUUACUGAUGAUGAAAAGUUUCUGUGGAAAGACCUGACAUUGGAGCAGACCAACCACUUAGCGUUUGAAAACGCUAAGGAUAUUAUAGCAUGCGGUUUUGACGUGGAAAAGACCUUCAUCUUUAGUGAUCUUGAUUUCUUAACGAACAGUCCUGCAUUUUACAGAACAAUUUGCAGAAUCCAGAAACUAGUGACGUACAACCAAGUGAAGGGGAUCUUUGGAUUUACGGAUAUCUUGAAAGAUAUU